CCAACAACCACUGAAUCGAUCAUUGCCAUUACAACCACCUAUUCAAAUUUCUAACCUCAGCUCCGAUUUCAAUCAGCCGUACCUGGUCAAGGAAUCCUGGUCUCAAUUCCCGCUCCCCGACCAGCGCAGGCGCUGAGAACCCCGUGAUAGCUAUCAAACCUCAAUCCUCACUUCAACCUCCAGACAACCAAACGAAGACGAACAGAACACACAAGCAGCGAAAAUGUUAAUCAUCGGCUUAACUGGCUCAAUAGCAACGGGCAAAUCAACCGUCUCCUCCAUCCUCUCAUCCCCCCCUUACUCCCUCCCCAUCAUCGACACCGACCUCCUCGCCCGCAAAGUCGUCGAACCCGGCACCCCCGGCUACAAGGCAAUCGUCAACUACUUCGGGCCCAGCACGCCCGAUCUCCUCCUCCCAGCCGAUGACCCCAUAAGCAAGAACUACACCGCAGGGCGGCCACUCAACCGGCCCGCGCUGGGCCGUCGCGUCUUCGGCACCACCGAGGAACGGAAACGCGACCGCAUGAUCCUUAACAAGAUCGUUCAUCCCGCUGUUCGGUGGGAGGUAUACAAGGCUUUGAUUUAUCGUUAUCUCACCGGGUCGUGGGCGGUCGUCCUCGACGUGCCACUGUUAUUCGAGAGUGGGAUGGAUCUCAUCUGCGGGAGUGUAGUUGUGGUAGGCGUGACGGAUCCGGAGGUGCAAAUGGCGCGGUUACGAGCGCGCGAUCCGCACCUCUCUGCUGAAGAUGCAGAGAACCGGGUGCGCAGUCAGGGCGAUGUCAAGGGGAAGGUUGAAAAGGCCGAGUUCCGGGGGACGAAGACCGCGCGGGGAGUUAUAGUGUGGAAUGAUGGGGAUAAGGCUGAUUUGGAGAAAGAGGUGCGCAGUGCGAUGAAGACGAUCGCAGCGGCGAGCCCUCGAUGGUGGGCGUGGAUGCUGCUAUUGGCGCCUCCGUUGGGUGUGGGUAUUGUGGUAUGGAAUAUGGCAGUCAAUUUCUUGACGCAGAAGAGUUGGGCAAAGAAAGAGAAGGAGGAGAAGGCGAAGCUAUGAGCUUCUUCAUGUUAGGGCCAUAGCUAUUGUUUUGUGUAUUUAUAUAUGGUGACAUCAGAUGGUUCAGUACAUUUGGCAUUAGAAUCAGGUUAUUCUGGCGUUUCAUAUGACAUCCCUUCAAUAAUAUGCCUAGUUGACAAUCACUCAUGUGAGAUAAGGGAGAAAAGAUGGUGUGAACAUCAGCAGUGAAUGAACUCUGAAAGAUAGAAUCAAGGUCAAGUUUUUCUAUAAAGAUACUCUUGCCUAUCGCUCAGCCAUAUGGGAGGAUACCGAUGUUUGCUUAUUCUAUCGAAGAAAAACGUUAAGACAAUGACAUUACUUGACCAGUGUUCUUACUGCUGGGACAAAGAAAGAUAGGGUGC